UGCUGCUGAUCCUGGACUGAACUUCUGGUGCCCGGGAAAACCAAACCGCUCCCAGUUUCCACGACGAGCUAAGGCUCCCUGCCCCGCUCCUGAGAGGAGAUUCCCUGGAGCCAGGAAAGCCUCUCCUCCCCGGGACCGCAAGGGGAGAGCAGCGACAGGCACUGCCCCCAGCCCCUGCUGUGCAGAGACCACGUUCCUCGGCAGAACCAGUUUUGCGUCCCUGAUUGUCCAUCUUGCCUUUUCUUCACGAAAAUGAAGAAAAUGAUUACAUGCUUCCUACUGCUGUUUGGACAAACUCUACUUUUCAGUGCCUCCGCCAGGGAGAGACAUCUUCCACCAGCAUUUUCAAGCCAAAGAAAUGGUGCUAACCCACAAGGUACUUUACGUGAGAAUGCUUGCAACCGUAAACGUCUUGAUCUCGUCUUCAUCAUCGACAGCUCUCGCAGUGUACGUCCUUACGAUUUUGAAAAAGUGAAGGAAUUCAUUUUAACCAUCUUGCAGUUCCUAGACAUCAGUCCUGACGUCACCAGAGUAGGCCUCAUUCAAUAUGGCAGCACAGUCAAACAUGAGUUUUCAUUGAAGACGUUCAGGAGGAAACAUGAUGUGGAACGAGCAGUGAAAAGAAUGAUGCACCUGGCCACUGGCACCAUGACUGGACUGGCUAUUCAGUAUGCACUGAACAUUGCAUUUUCAGAAUCGGAAGGGGCACGGCCACUGAGCCAGAAUGUGCCCAGAAUUAUCAUGAUAGUGACAGAUGGGAGACCACAGGAUCCUGUGGCAGAGGUUGCAGCUAAAGCCCGGAACUCAGGCAUCCUGAUUUUUGCCAUUGGUGUGGGGAGAGUGGAUAUGAACACCUUGAAGUCCAUUGGAAGUGAACCUCAUGAAGAGCAUGUCUUUUUGGUGGCUAAUUUCAGUCAGAUUGAAACACUAACCUCUGCAUUCCAGACUAAAAUUUGCGUGCCCCAUGUGUGCAGUAUAACUGAGCAUGGUUGUGAUCACUUCUGUAUUAACACUCCUGGCUCCUACAUGUGCAAAUGUAAACAGGGAUACAUUCUGAACGCUGACCAGAAGACUUGCAGCACCCAGGACCUAUGUGCUGUGGAGAAACAUGCCUGUGAACAGAUCUGUGUGAACACACCUGGGUCCUAUGUCUGUCAGUGUUAUGAUGGCUAUGGGCUCGAUGAAGAUGGAAAGAAGUGUAUCAUUGUAGACCUUUGUGCUUUGGAUAACCAAGGUUGUCAACAUGAGUGUGUAAGUAUGGAUGACUCCUACUACUGUAGAUGCCAUCAAGGAUUUAUUCUAAAUCCAGACAGAAGAACUUGCAGAAGACCAGAUUACUGUGCUUUGCAGACCCAUGGCUGUCAACAGGAAUGUGUUAAUACAAAUGAUUCCUAUUUUUGUCAGUGCCGACACGGGUUUACUCUUAAUCCAGAUAAGAGAACUUGCAAAAGAAUAAACUUCUGUGCUUUGGGUAAACAUGGCUGUGAACAGGAAUGUGUUAACACAGAAGACUCUUUUGUGUGCAGAUGUCGUAGUGGAUACACCCUAAACCAUGAUGGCAAAACGUGCAGAAGAGUGGAUCACUGUGCUGAGAACAACCAUGGCUGUGAGCAGCUGUGCCUAAACACCGGCGACUCAUAUGUCUGUCAGUGUUCUGAAGGAUUCAUCAUUAAUGAAGACCUAAAAACCUGCACACGAGUGGACUAUUGUGCACUGACUGACCCUGGUUGUGAACAUUUGUGUGUAAACAGUGAAAAAUCUUAUACUUGUCAGUGCUUUGAAGGAUAUGAGCUUCGUGAUGAUGGGAAAACUUGUAAACGUAAAAAUGUCUGCAAAUCAGUCAACCAUGGUUGUGAACAUGUUUGCGUUAAUAGUGACAAUUCAUACAUCUGCAAGUGCCGUGAGGGAUUUGCACUGCGGGAAGAUGGGAAAACGUGCAGAAAUAAAGACUUCUGCAAAUCAGUUGACCAUGGUUGUGAACAUGUUUGUGUUAAUAUGGACAAUUCCUACAUCUGCAAGUGCCAUAAGGGAUUUGUACUACGAGAGGAUGGGAAAACGUGCAGAAAUAAGGAUGUCUGCAAAUCAUUUGACCAUGGCUGUGAACAUAUUUGUGUUAAUAAUGACAAUUCCUACAUCUGUAAGUGCCAGGAGGGAUUUGUACUGAGAGAGGAUGGGAAAACAUGCAGAAAUAAAGACUUCUGCAAAACAGUUGAUCAUGGCUGUGAACAUAUUUGUGUUAAUAAUGACAAUUCCUACAUCUGUAAGUGCCAGGAGGGAUUUGUACUGAGAGAGGAUGGGAAAACAUGCAGAAAUAAAGACUUCUGCAAAACAGUUGAUCAUGGCUGUGAACAUAUUUGUGUUAAUAAUGACAAUUCCUACAUCUGUAAGUGCCAGGAGGGAUUUGUACUGAGAGAGGAUGGGAAAACUUGCAGAAAUAAGAACGUCUGCAAAUCAGUCAACCAUGGUUGUGAACAUGUUUGUGUUAAUAUGGACAAUUCCUACAUCUGCAAGUGCCAUAAGGGAUUUGUACUACGAGAGGAUGGGAAAACUUGCAGAAAUAAAGACCUCUGUAAGACCAUUGACCAUGACUGUGAACAUGUUUGUGUUAAUGAUGACAUUUCAUACACCUGCCAGUGCCAUGAGGGAUUCAUACUAAGAAAAGAUGGGAAAACAUGCAGAAGUAAGGAUGUCUGCAAAUCACUUGACCCUGGCUGUGAACAUAUUUGUGUUAAUACUGACAGUUCGUACGUCUGCAAGUGCCAUGAGGGAUUUGUACUGAGAGAGGAUGGGAAAACAUGUAGAAAUAAAGACCUCUGCAAAACAGUUGAUCAUGGCUGUGAACAUAUUUGCGUUAAUAAUGACCAUUCCUACGUCUGCAAGUGCCAUGAGGGAUUUGUACUACAGGAAGACGGGAAAAUGUGCAGAAGAUGCACUGAAGGCCCAAUUGAUCUGGUGUUCGUGAUUGAUGGAUCAAAAAGUCUCGGAGAGGAUAAUUUUGAAGUUGUAAAGGAAUUUGUCUCUGGAAUCUUGGCUUCUCUUGAGAUUUCUCCCAAAGCUGCUCGAGUUGGUUUGCUGCAGUAUUCCUCUGAAGUUCGCACAGAGUUCACAUUAAGACAAUUCAGCACAGCCAAAGACAUGAAAAAAGCAGUAUCCCAAAUGAAAUACAUGGGGAAAGGCUCCAUGACUGGACUUGCCUUGAAAGAAAUGUUUGAGAGAAGCUUUACUGAAGCGGAAGGGGCAAGGCCAUUUUCAGCAGACGUGCCCAGGGUGUCUAUAGUGUUUACAGAUGGACGAGCCCAAGAUGAAGUCUCUGAGUGGGCCAGCAAAGCAAAGCAGAAUGGUAUAACUAUCUAUGCUGUUGGAAUAGGAAAAGCAAUUGAGGAAGAAUUACUGGAAAUUGCUUCUGAGCCACCAGACAAGCAUCUCUUCUAUGCUGAAGACUUCAGUACCAUGGGGGAGAUAAGUGAAAAACUAAAAAAAAGAAUCUGUGAAGCUUUGGAAGAGUCAGAUCCCCAUCAGGAUCCCCUGACAGGGAGGCCUCACAAGACUGGUCCUCAUUCUUCAGGAUCUGAACCAGGCAGCAUAGCCAUCACAGACCUCCUUGCCUGUUCCAAUUUUGCAGUACGUCACAAGUAUCUUUUUGAAGAGGAGAGUGUUUCACAGUCAACAGCAAGAUCAGCAAACCCUUCAGAAGAUAAGGAGCAGUGCAACUGUGAAAAUCUCAUAACAUUCCAGAACCAUGCCAAUGCUGAAGUGAAAAAACUAACUCAGCGAUUGGAAGAAAUAACUAAGAGAAUGGAAGCCCUGGAAAACAGACUAAGAUACUGAUGAAGAGUUAACAGAAGUAUACACUGUACUGUAUAUUUAUACAUACAAAUUGCAACAAAGCUAUUUUCU